GGGAGCUGCUGGGGCGGGAGGCGCGAUGGCCGCGGACGGGAUGGAGGCGCGGGCGCUGCAGUAUGAGCAGACCCUGAUGUAUGGCCGCUACACUCAGGACCUGGGAGCCUUUGCCAAGAAGGAGGCGGCACGCAUCCGGCUGCAGCAGGAGCGCCAGAAAGCCUUCCCGAAGGAGCGCGCCCGUGGGCCGGAGCUGCUGGAGUACGACCAGAGCCGCUGUGCCCGCUGCCGCAUUUGCACCGUGCGAUGCCAGAAGUUCCUCAUCUCCAAGGUGGGAGAGGACUGGAUCUUCCUCAUCCUGCUGGGGCUGGUCAUGGCGCUGGUGAGCUGGGCCAUGGACUUCACCAUAGCCACCUGCCUGCAAGCCCAGAAGUGGAUGUACGGGGGCUUGGACACCAACAUCUUCCUGCAGUACAUGGCAUGGGUCACGUACCCCGUGGUGCUCAUCACCUUCUCGGCUGGCUUCACCCAGAUCCUGGCCCCGCAGGCUGUGGGUUCAGGCAUCCCCGAGAUGAAGACCAUUCUCCGAGGUGUGGUGCUGAAGGAGUAUCUCACCCUCAAAACCUUCGUGGCCAAGGUCAUUGGCCUGACCUGUGCGCUGGGCAGCGGGAUGCCCCUGGGCAAGGAGGGGCCCUUUGUCCACAUUGCCAGCAUGUGCGCCGCCCUGCUCAGCAAAUUCCUCUCCCUCUUUGGAGGCAUCUACGAGAACGAGUCCCGCAAUAUCGAGAUGCUAGCGGCUGCCUGUGCCGUGGGCGUCGGCUGCUGCUUUGCUGCCCCCAUUGGAGGCGUCCUCUUCAGCAUCGAGGUCACUUCCACCUUCUUCGCCGUCCGCAAUUAUUGGCGUGGCUUCUUUGCUGCCACCUUCAGUGCCUUCAUCUUCCGCGUGCUCGCCGUGUGGAACAAGGACGAAGAGACCCCACGCUCUAUUCAAAACCGCUUCCGGCCUGAAGCACCACUGCCAUGUCUUGUCACCCUGGUGGUUUUCAUCCUCAUGAAGUUCUGGAUGUCAGCCCUGGCCACUACCAUCCCAGUGCCCUGUGGAGCCUUCAUGCCCGUCUUCGUCAUUGGGGCGGCCUUCGGGCGGCUGGUAGGGGAGAGCAUGGCAGCCUGGUUCCCGGAUGGCAUCCAUGCCAACAGCAACACCUACCGCAUCGUGCCGGGGGGCUACGCCGUGGUAGGAGCGGCCGCGCUCUCUGGUGCUGUCACCCACACGGUCUCCACCGCCGUGAUCGUCUUCGAGCUGACGGGCCAGAUCUCCCACAUCCUGCCCGUGAUGAUCGCUGUCAUCCUGGCCAAUGCCGUGGCCCAGAGCCUACAACCCUCGCUCUACGACAGCAUCAUCCGCAUCAAGAAGCUGCCGUACCUGCCCGAGCUGGGCUGGGGACACCAGGAGAAGUACAACGUGCGGGUGGAGGACAUCAUGGUGCGGGACGUUCGUUACGUCUCCUUGAACUCCAAGUACCGUGACCUGCAGGAGGUGCUGUACAGCACUCAGCUGAAGAGCCUGGCGCUGGUGGAGUCAGCUGAGUCUAUGAUCCUGCUGGGCUCCAUCGAGCGGGCCCAGGUGGCGGCACUGCUGAGCGGCCAGUUGGGCUACCAGCGUCGCCUGCAGUACAUGCAGGAGAGGGCACAGGCCGGGAGGAAGAGCAUCGCCGAGAAGCCCCAGGACGAGGCUGACCACAAGGCCUCCGACACAGGAGUGCGGUUCCAGAUCGGCACAGAGGAAUCGUCAUCGGCCCCGCCACGCGGAGAGUCCCGCAAGCCCCUGAAGCCGGCACUCAAGCGAGGUCCCAGCAGCUUGGUGGAAAGCCCCACAGCUGGGAGCCCAGAUCACUCAGGCAUUUCCCUCAAGAGCCUCUUCUGCACCAACACUGCCCUGGAGCCCGCUGAGGCUGAGAAUUCAGCACCACCCGAAAAGCGCAAGUCGAAGCGCGUCCGCAUUUCCAUCGCAGUAAGUGUGUGCCACGCCUCGGCCAAUCACAGACCAGGCGCCACCCUCCCCCAUACUGUGCUGAGGGCACCCCACAGCUCAACCCAUCUGCAGCCUCCCUUGGGAUUUCCGUCUGCAGAGUUCUUCCCGGCACUCGUUAAUUCAUCACCAAUCCGUGCCAGGGCCAGCUGUGGGGUCACCGCCCCUGCUUACAGGUGGGGAAACCAAGGCGCAAACGUGGGGAGGGACCAGUCAGCGGCUGAGCCAGGGAUAGAACCCAGGCGUCCUGCCUCCUACCUGUCUGCCACUUGCAGAGGAAGGAUAAGGGAGCAGAAUUCCUAUGCCCAUCACCACUCCAAUCCUGGAGCCACCUCGAGCUCUGGGGACUUUCAGCACACCAGGCGGCUGGAGGGAGCCCCAGGCUCACUUGGUCAGUGCCCAGCCGGGCACUCUCGUGCCCCCCCUGACUCCGUGGCACACACCAGCUCCACGUCCCCACAGCCUGACUCACACUCCGCCUCCCUCCCUCUCUUGCAGGACCAGUAUGAGCUACCUGGCGAGAUGAGCCCCUCUGAGAUCGUGGAGUGGGAGGAGCAGCAGCUGGACCAGCCCGUGAACUUCAACAACAGCAAGAUCGACCCUGCUCCCUUCCAGCUGGUGGAGCGCACCUCCCUCCACAAGACUCACACCAUCUUCUCACUCCUGGGCGUGGACCAUGCAUAUGUGACCAGCAUUGGGCGCCUCGUUGGCAUGGUGUCCCUCAAAGAGCUGCGCAAGGCCAUCGAAGGCUCGGUCACUGCCAAGGGCGUGAAGGUCCGCCCACCCCUGGCCAGCUUCCGGGACAGCACCACCAGCAGCAGCGAGACGGAGACCACGGACAUCCAACAGCUGUGGGACCGGCGCCAGCACGUCUCCAUCCCCCGUGAGUCCAGCCCCUCCGAGAUGGACGACAAGUGCCAGUGAGGGGUGGGGCCGGCGGAUAGAGCCUGCCUCAGCCGCUGACGGACGUGACAGACACUGCCAGCCCCAGCAGCGGUGGCGCUGGUGCCACUGCCCCUUUGUGCCUGCAGCCCUGGCACCCUGCACUGCCGGAUUGGCCGCCUGCCACCGGGGGAGAAGCCAGAGCCCCAGCAAGCCACUGCCAUUAGCCCUGACCCAGGACCUGCCCCAGCAGCCUCUGUGUGGUGAAGAGGAAGGGUGCCCCACGUCCAGCCCCUGGUCUCUGCCUGUGAGGUUCUCUGGGCAACUCUUGUAGGACUCCUGGGGGGCAGAAGGCAAAUACCCAGCUUCCUGCAGCACCACCCCCAGGGGCCACUUGUUCCCCAACCAGCACUGAGUUCUAAUCCCCCCGCCCCCCCCCAACUCUGCAAAUAUCUCAGCCCCGGGCCCUCCAGCCUCAGCUCUGCCAGUGCCCCUGAAUCCCGCCCCACAGUCCUCCCCCUGGGCUCGACCUGCCAGCGCGCCUCAGGCCUGAGCCGCAGGCCCCCCCUCACUGUUCAGUCAUGCUACCUCUGAGGGGGGGUUGUGGGACGGGGCAAGGGAGCAUGGGGGGAGGGCAGCUGGGCUUAGCCAAGGACAGAGGUGUUUGGUUGGCAUCCAGGGGAAACAGCUCAAGCACUUCCCCGCCCCAAAGUCUCACUGAGCCCUGCCCCCUCCAGCAUGGCUGCUCUUGCCUGGCCCUGGGCAGGGUCCCAGGGGCUCAGAGCUGGGGCAAUGGGGGUGGGGGGCAGCGACCAAGGCUCUCUGGGCCCUCCACUGGCCAGGAUGUAAAUACAGAGAUUUUUAUAUUAAUUUAA